CAGCAUUCAAGACCAGAGUGUGAGGGGAUCCAACUAUUGUAAGUCUCUCUGUGUGGUGUCUACAGAGAGGGGCAGAGAGAAGGAAGAGAAAGAGAGCAGCAGCCUUCAACUCAAGUUAUUUGCUGCAGCUUUAAACUUAUGAAAACAUUUCUAUCCACAGCUGCCUCUCAGCUCAGCAGAGCUCAUCCUACCACUUCGACCCUGCUUUCUUAUCCGCCACACACCCCUGUCACUGACUGUCAGCCUGACUCGCUUCCCAGGAAACUUAACGGGAUCACAAGAGGUUGCCGAGCGUUCAUCAAGUGGCGGAACAGUAAGAGGUAGCCAGAGCCAUCAUGGCCGAGUCCCAGCAGCGUAGUGUGUGUCUGGGACUCUGGAUGCUGCUUUUGCUUGGUGCAGGCAUGGAGGAAAUUGUCGACGGAUGCAGCUGCCACCCAGCACACCCCCAACAGCUCUUCUGCAGUGCUGAGAUCGUGAUAAGGGCAAAGAUCUCUGGAGAGAAGAUUGUGUCGCCUAGCAACAGCUCCUCACCUUACAUGAAGAUGAUCCAAUAUGAAAUCAAAAUGAUCAAGAUGUUUAAAGGUUUUGAGAGGGCCAAGGAUAUCCAGUAUGUGUACACUCCAGUCUUCUCUUCACUGUGUGGAGUCAAGCUGGACUCUAACAAUAAAGCAGGGUAUCUGCUCUCAGGAAGUAUGUGGAGUGAUGGCCGGAUUUCUAUUGGCCAGUGCGACCUAGUGGAGUCGUGGGACAACUUAUCACUAUCACAAAAGAAGAAUCUCAACUACAGAUACCAGAUGGGCUGUGAAUGCAGAAUCAACACCUGUUACACGGUGCCGUGUGCCUCUACAGGGGAUAAUGAGUGCUUGUGGACAGACUGGCUGCUGGAUAACAGUCUAAAUGGGGAGCAGGCUCGUCAGUACGCCUGUAUCCGCCGCUCAGACAUGAGCUGUAGCUGGUACCGAGGAGGGCCUCCACCUGAGAAAGACUUCUUAGACAUAACUGACCCGUGACCUGUAAUUCUGUCUCUGGUUUUGACUCCUGAAAUGCCUAAAAAGAGAAAAAAAAACCCCUGCUUUGCCAUAUGUAGUUCAGAUUUGGCAUGCACAGUAGCACCUGAAUUCAGUGAAAAAUUGGCAGAUUUAUAGAGAUGAAGGAGGGUAACCUGACACUGAUCUUCUGUUAGCAGAGUUGAGGUUGUGGCUUCAGCAAGGAUGGGAAAAUUUGUUUAAACUGCAGGGGCUUUCAGCAUUCCUCUGACUCAUUUUCACACUCUCACACAUUCCGCUUCACCUGCUAUUACAGAGUGAGAACAGGAGCAGAACAUCCACUGCAGACCUUUCAUUCCAGAGUGAGUGUUUGCCUCAUGGCAAAUGCAUUCCUUUAUAAAUAUGGAAGACCUAAAUAUGUUAAUGUGUAAGGUAUAAUAGGAUAUGUAGGAAUUUAAGUUGUGAAUUUACUGAAAGAUGUAGAAGGAAAUUACACAGUUGCUGUACAAUAAUAAGAUAUUAAUAAAAAACAACUGCCAAUUUUUGCCCCAGUUUUGAAUUGCAAAGUUCGCAUUGACUGCAAGUUUACAUAUUAACAAAACCUUUCAAUAAAAAUUAAAACACACUGCUUAUACAGCAAUCUGUAAGAUUUCUAGCUGAUAAAACUAAAGUUAGGACACAUUCACAACUAAGCCCAGAAUAUUAUUUUAAUUCCUCGAUCCAAUUAAGAAAAAAUGCAGAAAAGCUAAUUUACUUUAUCUAAGUAUCUGCUUUUUCACAUAAUCUCUGAUGCUGAGGGAAAAACAUCUCUUUCAGGACUCCUUCUUUUCUUCACAUUGCUAAAAAUAGCUUUUUGUGACUCUCACUAUGUUUGUGUUUGUGCUGCAUAAUGAAUUUGCAACAGAUAAUGAUGUUUAUGUGUCAUGGACUAUAAUAUAAAUGUCUUUAAUUCCUAAAACCUUCCAGCUUUGCUGUGUACACACAAAUCAACACCAGAUAUUCUCCAGUUAUUCCUGUUCUGGUGUGAUGUGAUACACGAAUCAUAUACAAUCACAACUGUUGUUAAAUCAUCACAGUUUUAUCUGAAAUCUGUGAGACUGUAAAUACUAUAUUUCGGCUGGAAUUAACAAUUUAGAAGCUAACCAGAUCUUUUCUUGUAGCGUAGAAAUGCUUAUUUUGUGGUUUUUGUAUGUUUAGUCUUUGUGGUUGAGCUCUUUCAUGUGCCAAAAACUCUAAUCCAGCACUAUAUAACAGCACUGCCACCUGUAGAAGCUAAGUUUCUCUUAUGAGAGAAUUAUGUAAUAGGACAUGGUUCAAUUCUCUCUUUUUUAACUCUCUAAAACAGGAAGUGGGUAAUUCUCUUCACAUAUAAUGAAUGAUUUAAGUGUUUUUUAAAUAAGACAACCCAAGUCUGAAAUGACCCCUGUCUUGUUACUUCACUGAAGUCAUACAGAUUAUAAUGCAUUAUCCUUUCCUAUCCUUUAUAUAAGUCUAUUAGUUGACACUGAAUGCAUUAAAAUAUUUAUAUCUAAUGCAAUGAUUUGUACGAUACAUUGGAAAUGUGUUGUCUAUUUUAAAUAUAUUAAAAUUUACAUAUAAUUUAAUGAAUGGCAGGAUUAAAAUUCAUCAUAAUUGUAUGGCUAUAGUGAAGUUUUAAAUAGCUUGUUUGUUUUAUACUGUAAGAAUUGUUUGAGUUGUAUUUAUGUCUUGGUCUCUGUCUAAAUAGAAUUUUCUAUCUCCAUGUACCAAAAAAGAUUGUAUAUAAAAUGUCUCAGUGGAA